AUGACUGGCCAAAAGCCAUGGGCCGACGGGCCCUUUACCCUCAUCAGCAGUGCUCGUGUAGGAUCUCAGAAAGGCGUGAAAACCACCGGAGCCAGGCGCAUGGCCGAAGACAUGAUCAUUAUCCACAAUAUGAUCAUCCGUAUCAUCAACACGGUCUACCUGCAGUGCAUCAACGUAGAGAAGUCGCCAAACGACGUCCAGGACUUUGUUUCGUACGCCAUAGAGUGGGCAAAGAUGGUGGAAGAACACCACCAGACCGAGGAGAGAGAUGUGUUCCCGGCAAUCGAGAAGAUGGCAGAAGCAUCGGGGCUCAUGGAAGCCAACAUCGCCCAACAUGAGGCCUUUACUGGCGGGUUGCAUGAGUACCUGAGCUAUUUGGAGAAGGUGCAAAAGGGGGAAGGGGAGGGCGAGGAGGCGUACAACGGAAUGAAGCUCAAGGGCAUCAUUGACUCGUUCAUGCCGGGCCUGCGGCAGCAUUUGAGCGACGAGAUUGACACGUUGCUGAAGCUUGGAGAAUAUGAUGUCGAAUGGGACGAGUGGUUUGAGAAACUCAUGAAAGAGCUGCUUCGCAAGAGCAACGACCCGGCGCUUAAGGUAUGCACCAAUUACGGUCUUGUCCUCCUCCCCCCCGGCACAGAUGUGCGACUGGAUGGCUCACAUGAUGGCUUGAUUGCAGACAACAACGAUCCCGCUUCUUCUCACAAACCGAGACAAGUUGUUCGAGGACGGAAUAUAUGCGUGGUGGCCAGCGCUGCCGUGGUUCGUUAUGAUACUGUUCCGGUGGUUCUUCAUCCCCACACACAGAAGCUGGUGGCGGUUUUCUUCGUGCGAUGA